ACUGCAGUGAAAACGUCAGUCCAUUCAAAAUGGGAAAGAUCUUUUUCUACGAGGACAGGAACUUCCAAGGCCGCCACUAUGAGUGCGGCUCAGACUGUUCUGACCUGUCCUCAUACUUCAAUCGCUGCAACUCCAUCAGGGUAGAGGGUGGUAACUGGAUCCUCUAUGAGCACCCCAGUUACAGGGGACACCAGUAUUACCUCUGGCAAGGAGAAUACCCAGACUUUCAGAGAUGGAUGGGCUUCAAUGACUCCAUCAGGUCCUGUCGCUUUAUUCCCCAUUAUCAUGGCCAAUACAAAUUAAGAAUCUAUGAGAGAGGAGACUACCAAGGGCAAAUGAUGGAGUUCUUUGAUGACUGCCCCAAUACUUAUGAUCGAUUCCGUUUCCAUGACAUUCACUCCUGCAAUGUGUUUGAUGGCCACUGGAUGUUCUAUGAGGAACCCAACUACAGGGGACGUCAGUACUACCUGAGACCUGGAGAAUACAGGAGAUACAGCGACUGGGGAGCCUCAAGUGCCAGAAUUGGCUCAUUCAGAAGAGUUCAUCACAUGAUGUAAACAAUUUCAAUAAAAGUAAUAAAAAGUAAUCACAAA